GCUGCUUGUCUCUCUCCAGUCCUCCAGCCCCCUUCCCCCUCCUUGCUACUCCACUUUGCCAUUGCAGGGCUGACAUUUGAACAUGCUUAGCUAUGCCAAGACUUUGGAAGACAACUCAGAUGACUUGCAGUGUUCCUUGCCACCAGCAGAUUAAUCCAGAACCAGCCCUCACCACUGCAUCUUGGCCUAAACCUUCCAGCCAUGACCGAAGGCAAGGCUUUGAAAGUUCGGGUGACUUUUGCCAUUAUUUUGAUUGGCAUUGCUUUAAUGUUUACAGCAGUAGUGACGGACCACUGGGCUGUGCUGAGUCCUAAGGUGGAGGAAUACAAUGCUACCUGUGAGACAGCCCACUUUGGCCUCUGGCGGAUCUGUAUAAAACGCAUCUUCAUGAAAGAAAACGAAACGGACAAAGAGCAGGGUUGUGGGCCAAUAAGCCUGCCAGGAGAGCGCAACUGUUCAUAUUUCACACACUUUGUCUCAGGAGAGAGCACAGAAAUAUUUGAAGUAUCAACACAAAGAGAAUACAGCAUUUCUGCAGCUGCCAUUGCCAUCUUCAGUGUUGUUUUUUCCAUUAUUGGAACAAUUUGUGUCCUCUUAUCCUUCAGGAAAAAGAUGGAUUAUAUCCUGAAGCCAGCUUCCAUGUUUUAUACUUUUUCAGGCUUGUGUAUUAUCGUAUCUGUGGAAGUCAUGAGGCAAUCUGUCAAGAAGAUGGUGGACAGCGAUGAUACUGCCUGGAUUGAGUACUACUACUCAUGGUCUUUUGCCUGUGCCUGUACUUCUUUUGUCCUGCUCUUCAUCUGCGGAGUUGCUCUCCUCCUCAUCUCCUUGCCUCGCAUGCCUCAGAACCCGUGGGAAUCUUGUAUGGAUGCUGAGCCAGAGCAUUAAGCCACUCCACCACUUAAGUAACAUUAUAUUCCCCUUGAUUGCCAGAAGGUCAGCUAUAUAUAGAUAUUUUAACAGACCUCUGGAAUCAGUGUAUGGUUCCUUAAGCAUUUUUGGGUAACACCUGCUUAUAGAAUCAAAGGGGAGUUUAAUGCAAAGCAAUUUUUUUGGGGGGGGGGGAAGUGUUACGAUUGCCAGCUUUAACAACUUUUACAAAUAAUUGUGGUCUGUAGCACCACCAGUUUGCAAUACCAUCCUCUUAAUAUAGUUGAGGAAAGGGUAGUGUUCAUCCAGUUGAACUGUACGCCAUCCAAGAGAAAGCUCCAUGUUGUCCAAGUAGGACACCCACCCACUAUUAGCAAAGUAUGUAGAUAUGUGAAAGUGAGACGUCUAGUCACCACGUAAGCCAUUGAUUCCGUGUGUGUCAUUGGAGGGAAACUGGAUGAGUGAACAAGUGUAAAUAACGCUACUACCACUUUGUGGAACAUGUGAUGUUAUUAAGUGCAUUAAUAACAAUAAUUUUAAAAUGAGUUUUGCAUAACAGUGAAAUGGAAAAGUCUUCUGAAACAUACUGCAACAUAUUGCUGUUUUGUGACAGCCUUUAUGGUG